CGGUCCUUUGCACCCCUCACUGCUUAUCUACAACGUAUCGCUCGACUUCAAGGCUUCCUGAACCCUCAUCCUUCUUCAUAUCAACUUUUCGGGCUCUCACACGCGACUCUACCUCUAAGGAGAUGCAUCAUCAUGGACAAUGAAACAUUGUUGAAAUACGAGCUCGCUGAGAUCGAGCUUGACAAACGUCAGCUACAGCUUGAACGUCGGGAGCUGGGGGUUAAACGACGCCUGGAACAGCUCAAGAGAAGAGUCGACUUAACUGAUGAUAACGCCGACUCAACUGAGGAUCACGUCGUCGUCAAGUCUGAAGCUGAUCCUGGCGAUGCUGACAAAAUUCGAGCAGCUACGCAAAAUCGGUCUUCUGCCGAACAGCAAACAGACACGAUUGCAGCUUCCCCCGCCGCAGAGGAUACCCCAGCCAGCCCGGUUGAGAAUACUGCUGUCGAGCGGCUGCAUCAAAAGGUGGACAAAGGAAAAAGCGAGACCGGGAAGGAAAAGCAUCGCACGACACUCGAUUCGCGCAAGUGGGACGAAGCGAGAUCAGACCAUGAGCUGAUGGGGCGCCAGGCCUUCAGUUGUGAACAAGAAGAGCAGUCGACCAUUCCGGUGAAGCCUCUGGAUAGUCACGAAGAGCUCUUAGCAGCCUUUCGUGGUCGACCCCCGACUCAUCCAGCGAACGUACCAGCUACGCGAAGGCAAUCUCGGCUCUCCGACAACCUGACUGUUAGUUCAGAAUCUGAUGCCGAUUCCGAAACAAGUUAUUCUCCAGGCAGGCAAGACUCCAGGGCGAAGCGCAGGCGAAUUUCUCAGAACGCGGGGAAGCAGCUUGCAGACGUCUCGGGCCCCAUAACAAAAUCUCAACAGUACAGCCUCGUUCGACAUUACACCGGGCUUCUGCUGAAGCGCAUGGCGGCAGUGGAAUCUUCGCUUCCGCCGGACUGUUCUCAGAAACCGACGGUCGCAUCAAAGAUGCGAAGAACCACCAAUGGAUCGACGCAUCACACACUCACUCUUCUUCACGAAGAGUUCGAAAUGACCGUACGGACAUAUGCGAAACAUCACCAACUUCGCCGUGUUUUAAUGGAGGACCUGGAUAAAUUCGACGAAGCUCAACGUUACUGGUGGCCCAAAUGUACAGCAUUAACCACGCAGCAAGAGAGGACGUCUUUCAUUGACAAAGUAUUCCAUGACAUCGCGAGUAGCAGGUUCAGCAAGCAGGAGUUUGAGGUUGGACAUGGAGCAUUCGAGAAUAACAAGGAUUGAGGAGACACGUGGACCAAGUUGGAAAGCAAGCAAAUGUACUCCGCCCGAGUCGUUCGAUCAGGCUGGCGGAUUGAGAUGGAGUCGUUGGAUUUUGGCUGGGAUGAUUUUUGGAAAUGUGACUGAGUUGGAAGAGUCAUGGCAAAGGUGUUCAUUCUCCUCUACUGCGCGGAUGACGGUGUCGUUCACAAUAUUGCAAGCGUGCUACUGGAGAGAUCCAAGUGUGGAAUUUGUGCAUAUCGCAUGAUACGAUGAGGAAGAACGAUCUUGAGAGGUCUACCUCCUCUGGUAUUGUUUUCAUUAGUGCG